AUGAGAAAUAUUAAAAUAAUUUUGUGGAUUUUUUGGUUGAUGUCUUGUUCAGUAUCCAAAAUCCAUAGUACAAGAAGUUUUGGAAAUAAACUUCCACAAGAUGAAAUUUGCGGAACUAAAGUUUGUUUACAAGAUGCAUCUCGACUUUUAAAGUAUAUAACGACCAAUAAAUCAGUAAAGCCAUGCAAUGACUUUAAGGAAUUUGCACUUGGAAGUUUCAUUAGGAAUCAGACGCAGCAGGAUCGAUCAGGUUUUCUUUUCGAUAAUCUCAAACUACAUCGAGAACGACAGAAGAAAUUGCUGCAAAUGCCAAUCAGUAAAAGUGACCGCCGUGUUUUUAAAAUUGCUAAGAACUUUUACCAAAAAUGUGUCGAUCCAGAAUAUAUCCAACGCCACGGAAAAACAGAAGUAGAAGAUUUCUCAAAAAAUAAAACAUUCCCAUUAAUUGAUGGAGCUGACUGGUGGCCAGAUCAAGUCAAUUUAACAUCAAAUAUCUUCGAUCCAUCAUGGAAGCUAGACUUUUUCCUUGCAUACACAAUGAGUAGAUGUAGAAAUCCAAGAGAUCCAGACGGUGAAAUAAUUUGCUUCAAAUAUAAUCACGACAUGAAUUUUAUACAUAAAGCCAUGCUUGAGAAUCCAGACAAGGCAAAAGAAGAAUUUUUGGAAAGAUUAAAGGAAAUUGGUUUCAUGAUUCGAGUUGAUGACGCUCUGGUCAAUGCUUCUGUUAAUCAUUUGAUAACAUAUUUGGCAAAGAAGCGAGAUCUCAUUCCACCAGAAAAGAAGCUUACGCCAAUGGUCUUAAAAAUAAGAAUUAUUAAUAAAAUUUUGUUACCAAAUUCAAGCCUGAGUUUGAACUGGUUUACAAUUAUCAAUGAUGGAUAUUUAGAGCAUUCAAAACCGAUUCUUGAAGAGGAGGAAGUAAUGAUUGAACAUUGGGAAUUAUUUUCAAAAACAUUGGAAUUGCUGGAAAAUACUCCGAUUAGGAUUUUGAUGGAUAUCUUUCAUUUAGGAUUUUUGUAUGAUUUUGAGCAUACAUACGUCCCUUAUCCAAUUUACAAAGCACACGAACAAAAGUUGAAAUCCCAACAUAAUUUCGAACGUCAAGAACAGUGUCUGCAUUAUUUAGAAACAAACUUGUCACCCGUUUUGGUUUCUCUGUAUGCAAAAGUUUACAUGAAGAAUGAAAAUCUAAAGGAUGUUGAAGAUUUUGUUCGUGAAGCAGUCAAUGACGUCAUUGUAGAGCUUAAAAUUGAUAAGAAACUUGAUAAAACUAUAUUAGACGACGUUGUAAGGAAGCUAAAGAAAGUUGUGAUCCUUCUUGGUGGUCGUGAAGAAAUCUUUGAUGAAUCUAAACUGGAAGAAAUAUACGAAGAACUAGAACUUAAAGGCAAUGAACAUAUUUUGAACACUUCAAUCAAACUAAAGAAAUAUGCAGAGAAACUUGACGGUGAAUCUAAGCGUGGAUGGUUCUAUCGAGCCUAUAAAUUGAGUAAAUUUAACGAUAUAAAGUACUUUCCUGUAAGUGACUUACUAUUAAUACCAAUUGAUUUUUUGGAAUAUCCAUACUAUGACAAAAAUAGAUCAAGAUAUUACAAUACUGCGACAUUAUUCACUGAAGUUGUGAGAAGUAUUAAUGAAGGUUUGAAAAAGCACAUGAAGUCUGAAUACAGACUUGAAUAUACAUUCAAAUACGACAGCAUUCAGUUGGGAUAUAAAAAUUAUGUCAAAUGGGAAAGGAAUAACAGCAUUAAGGAACGAAAAUUGCCUGGAUUCACACUUAACAAUCAACAAAUGUAUUGGCUUACUUUUGCUAAUUCUUACUUCAUGAAGAAAACUAUGAAUUACCGCUCAUAUCAGUUUGAUGCAUUGAAUCUUCAGUAUAAAUAUUUCCAUAUCUGGUUUAAGGCUCGUGAGGAAUUUCGGGAGGCUUUCAACUGUGAUGGUUUGACUGAUAAGGAAAAUCAAGAGUUUGAAUUUCUGAAGCAACAAUAUGAGAAGGUUCGAAGAUAUUAG